AUUAAACGGCAGUUAUCGCCAGUUAUCGUACGCUUGACUCACGUAGCCCGCUCGUUGCGGAAAUUGCACGGAGUUCGCAACAAAAUUGGGUGUGCAACAUGAUGCAGACCGUCGUUGUCCUGUCCGUGAUUCCUAGGUUAUCUUACCACCUGCGCUCGCGGUUGCCAAAUCUGCGCAUUUCCGACGUAUCACCAGGACAAGCUGAUACUUUAUCCAAACUUAAUGAGGCAGAAAUAUUAAUAGCUGACUGUGAUUUAUUAAUACCUUAUGCAAACAAGUUGACAUCGAUCAAAUGGGUACAGACGACCUGGGCUGGUUUGGAUAAAUUCAUUCCACAUGUGCAAAACACGCAAAGAGAUUAUAUAUUGACUCGUUUCUCAGGCGAGUCAUUUGGUCUAGCCAUGUCCGAAUACGUGAUAGCGCAAAUUGUCAACUACGAGCGUAACCAGAGACAACAGUACGAGAAUCAAAGGCUUGCUGAAUGGAAACAAGAAGGCAGAUUGAUAAACCACAGAUUUAUACAUGAUUUAACCAUAGGUAUCUUAGGAGUAGGAACAAUAGGAAAGUCAAUUGCAGAAAAGUUAAAGUUAUUUGGCGCAAGUAUCUGGGGAAUGACACGUACCGUUCCGAAAGAGAAAUUACCGUACCUCGAUGAACACAGAACCGUAGAUAAUUUGCCGGACAUCCUGAAAAAUUGCGACUACAUCAUUAAUGUAUUACCUUCAACUCAGGACACGAUAGGACUUUUAAAUGACAACGUCUUGGAACAUUGCAAAGGCAAGAAUGCAGUUUUCAUGAACGUAGGCCGGGGUUCCGUUAUUAGAGAAACGGACUUAAUAAACGCUCUUGAGCAGAAAUGGAUUUCAGCUGCUAUUUUAGAUGUAUUUGAAAAAGAGCCAUUGCCAAAGGAGAGCAAGUUAUGGAGCCUUCCACAAGUAACAAUCUCACCACAUAAUUCAGCUGUAACAAUUGCUCAUAAUGUUGCGAAGUUAUUCGCCGCGAAUUAUGCUAGAUAUGUAAACGGAGAAAGCAUGAUAAAUGUGUUUGAUUUUAAUAAAGGCUAUUAAAGGUCUGGGACUGUACAGUGUUUCGUCACGAUAACAA